CGGAAGGAGCCCGGGGGUGGCAGGAAAGAGUCGGAAGGAGCCGGAAGGGGCCGGGGGGGGGCAGGAAGGAGCCGGAAGGGGCCGGAAGGAGCCACCCUCCCGCCAUGGCGCUGGAGUCGAUCCGCUACGAGCGGGGCUCGCUGUCCAUCCUGAACCAGCGGCUGCUGCCCCAGCGGCUCCAAUACGAGCCCGUGCCCGGCGUGCGGCGCGCCUGGGAGGCCAUCCGGGACAUGGAGGUGCGCGGCGCGCCGGCCAUCGCGCUGCUGGGCUGCCUGAGCGUGGCGCAGGAGCUGGUGGCCGGGGGGGGCCCGGCGGGGGCCGACGCGGCGGCGCUGGCGGCGUUCGUGGACGAGCGGCUGCGGUUCCUGGGCACCGCGCGCCCCACGGCCGCCAACCUGGAGCGCGAGGCGCAGCGGCUGCGCCAGAUCCUGCACCGGGCGGCGGCGGCGCCGGGGGUCACCGCGACACAGCUGCGGGAGAGCGUGAUCGAGCACAUGGAGGGGCUGCUGGAGCAGGAUCGGGCCCAGAACCGGCGCAUCGGGGCGCACGGGGCGCAGCACCUGCUGCAGCGGCUGCCGCCCGGCUCCGGCGCCACCGUGCUCACCCACUGCAACACCGGCACGCUGGCCACCGCCGGCUACGGCACCGCGCUGGGCGUGGUGCGGGCGCUGCACGAGCUCGGGCGCCUGCAGCGCGUGUUCUGCACCGAGACCCGGCCCUACAACCAGGGGGGGCGGCUGACGGCGCUGGAGCUGCAGCACGACGGGGUCCCCGCCACCCUCAUCGCCGACAGCGCCGCCGCCGCCGCCAUCCGCGACCGCGGCGUCCACGCCGUGGUGGUGGGAGCCGACCGGGUGGCGGCCAACGGGGACACGGCCAACAAGAUGUACCAGCUGGCGGUGGCCGCGCGGCACCACCGCGUCCCGUUCUACGUGGCGGCGCCCAGCGCGUCCUGCGACCCCGCGCUGCCCGACGGCGCCGGCAUCGCCAUCGAGGAGCGGCCGGGACAGGAGCUCACGCACCUGCAGGGGCUCUGCCUGGCGCCCCCGGACAUCGACGUGUGGAACCCGGCCUUCGACGUCACCCCCCACGAGCUCAUCACGGGCGGCAUCAUCACGGAGUGGGGGGUGUUCGCCCCCGGGGAGCUGCGCCAGGCGCUGGCGGAGCGGGGCGCGGCGGGGGGGCCCUGACCAGCCGCUUUUGGGCAAGAAACGUCGGUUUUGGUGCA